AUGUUGGAGAAGGAUUGUGUGGGAGCACGCCAAGGGGCUGGGAGCACGCUGCACCAGCCACUUGACAUUCUCCCAUGUCAUCUUUCUCCAAAGCCCCCUCAUGCCCCUCAGGAAAGAAGAAUAGCAGCAAGAGGAGCACGCCAAGGGGCUGGGAGCACGCCAAGGGGCUGGGAGCACGCCAAGGGGCUGGGAGCACGCCAAGGGGCUGGGAGCACGCCAAGGGGCUGGGAGCACGCCAAGGGGCUGGGAGAACGCCAAGGGGCUGGGAGCACGCCAAGGGGCUGGGAGCACGCCAAGGGGCUGGGAGCACGCCAAGGGGCUGGGAGCACGCCAAGGGGCUGGGAGCACGCCAAGGGCUGGGAGCACGCCAAGGGGCUGGGAGCACGCCAAGGGGCUGGGAGCACGCCAAGGGGCUGGGAGCACGCCAAGGGGCUGGGAGCACGCCAAGGGGCUGGGAGCACGCCAAGGGGCUGGGAGCACGCCAAGGGGCUGGGAGCACGCCAAGGGGCUGGGAGCACGCCAAGGGGCUGGGAGCACGCCAAGGGGCUGGGAGCACGCCAAGGGGCUGGGAGCACGCCAAGGGGCUGGGAGCACGCCAAGGGGCUGGGAGCACGCCAAGGGGCUGGGAGCACGCCAAGGGGCUGGGAGCACGCCAAGGGGCUGGGAGCACGCCAAGGGGCUGGGAGCACGCCAAGGGGCUGGGAGCACGCCAAGGGGCUGGGAGCACGCCAAGGGGCUGGGAGCACGCCAAGGGGCUGGGAGCACGCCAAGGGGCUGGGAGCACGCCAAGGGGCUGGGAGCACGCCAAGGGGCUGGGAGCACGCCAAGGGGCUGGGAGCACGCCAAGGGGCUGGGAGCACGUCAAGGGGCUGGGAGCAUGCUGCCCAGCCACAUGGCAUUCUCCCACAUAACCUUUCUCCAAAGUCCCCUCUAUAA